AUGGCCGACUACAACUACGACCCCCGGGCCCAACAGCGCUCCCGAGGCGGUUACCCCGAAAGUGGCCAUCAACAGCGAGAUGCUGCCUUCUCCAACAUCUUUGGAUCUGCUCCGCCUGGUAGAUCCCAGACGAUGACAUCUUCAUCCAUGCACCCCUCCAUGGACGAUCACGGUAGAACAUCGACCAUGAACUCCCAGUCGGGGAUGCAGCGCCAACCACCACCGCGGCCGCAUCCAGGCUAUUAUGGAGAGACGCAACGGACGCGAACCAUGGAUUCGAACUCUUCCCACGCCUACUAUCAGGGACAGCGCCCCCAGCCCAGCGGAUACGGCGGUCAUCCUCAAUACCAGCAACAGCAGCAGCAGCAGCAACAGCAACCACAGUAUAUCCCUUAUCAACAACAAGCAAGACGGCCAUUCCCGAGCCAGGGACCGCCCCCGCCGCGGGGAGACCCUAGGGGGGCACCUCCGAAUGCUGUUGGCGCGAGAUACCCUCCGCAAAGAGCUUAUCCUCCCCCAAACGCUGACCCCUAUCGAUCCCAGUCUCUUGUCUCUCAACCUCGUCCCCAAAUGUAUCAACAACCCUCAGGCGCAUAUCAGCAACAGCAGCCAGCCGCAAACCAGUUUCGCCAUGCCCCCUACUCACAGCAAUCGCAGCAAUCAAGGACAACUGCACAAGGGCGGGUGGUUCCUGAUCGCCACGAGGAUCGAUCAAUGUCCAUGACUGGUACCUAUCAUCCCCAGGAUCGAGACGCACACCAAACGAUGAGUGGCCGCGUCAUUCCGAAUCGCAGAGCGCCAUCAGCAGAAGUAUCCCCAACAAACGGUUUCGCACCUCAGAACAACGGAGGGUACAUCCCUGCUCCUGGCUCGAAAACGAGAACCACAAGCAUGUCAUCCAAUGGUGGUAGUGACCCUAGUAGAACCAUGUCCAUGGCUUCCACCAUUGCACCCACAAUCACGCCCUCAGAAUCAGAUGCGGGAACGAUUGUUGCUACCAGACCCGGGAGGAGCCGGUCAAUGGAAAGCGAGCGUCCACCCACUGCAACCAAAAUCCGACCUCCCCUGGUGUAUCCUGCCAUGCUCUCCAAAGUGGCGGAAUGCUUUCGCCGGAAAAUUAUUACUGGGGACCGUACCAAGAACGAACUUACGUAUAAGAAUGCAUUCAGUGGAUCAGAGGCAGUGGACGUGCUGUCCUACAUCAUUCGAACGACCGAUCGAAACUUGGCCUUAUUGCUAGGUCGUGCUCUUGAUGCGCAAAAAUUCUUCCACGAUGUCACAUAUGAGCACCGACUGCGAGACUCCCAGUCAGAGAUGUACCAAUUUAGGGAAAACUUAAUGGAGGAGCAAUCAGAAGAGAAGGCCGCUGUCGAUGGUGUUUUCGUAUUGUUGUCUGAAUGUUAUUCACCAACUUGUACUAGGGAUCAACUCUGUUACUCGAUUGCCUGUCCCCGAAGACUGGAGCAAGUUUCUAGGCUCAACCUGAAGGUCAAUCCUGGAGGCUUGCGCAAGCCUGAUACCCCCCACGUCAACGAUGACGAAGGCGAUCAGACAGACGAGCAGAAGCUAUGGAUCAACUCAGUGCCAAAGGAGGUUGCCGAAAAGGUCGGGGAGCGUGAGAAGAAGAGACAGGAAGUCAUAUCCGAGAUCUGCUACACCGAACGAGACUUCGUCAAGGACCUGGAGUACCUGCGAGAUUUCUGGAUCUUGCCGUUACGGUCGAAAGCGUCGCCAAUUCCCGCCGCGCGCCGAGAUAAGGUUGUCAAGAAUAUUUUCAGUAACAUCAUCGAUCACCCGAGCAUUCAUACAGUCAGCUCGAGGUUUGCUUCCGCUUUGACAACCCGCCAGCAGAAGGAACCCAUCGUUCACAAUAUUGGUGACAUAUUCCUCGACUCUGUGCCACAUUUUGAGCCAUUCCUCUGGUACGGUUCCAAACAGUUGGAGGGCAAGUUCGAAUUUGAGAAUGAGCGAUCCUCCAAUCCAAUGUUUUCGAAGUUUGUGGACGAAAUCGAAAGGCGCAAGGAGUCGAGAAAGCUCGAGCUGAACGGAUAUCUAACCAAGCCCACAACCCGUUUGGCACGAUAUCCGCUACUACUUGAGAAUGUCUUAAAAUACACGGAAGAUGGUAACCCAGACAAAGAGGACAUUCCCAAGGUGUUGGUCAUAAUCAGAGAUCUCUUGGGAAGAGUCAACGCCGAGUCUGGUAAGGCAGAAAAUCGUUUCAAUUUGAGGAAGCUUCAUGAACAGCUUAGGUUCCGGCCCAACGAAAGGGUCGACUUGAGGUUGACGGAAGAGGGCCGAGAGCUUGUGUUCAAGAGUCAAUUCAAGAAAUCGCCAACCGACCCUACGGAGUUCACAGCCUACCUUUUUGAUCACGCAGUCUUGCUGGUGCGGAUCAAGCAAACUGGCAAAACGGAAGAGAUUAAGGCUCACCGGAGACCAAUUCCUCUAGAGCUUCUUUCUAUUAAAGAGAUGGAUGAAGUCAUCCCACCAGGAGGCGUCAAACGGUCGUCUUCCAGUCUAAUACCUGCCCUGAGGACCAACGAAACUAAGCAAAAGGGAGAAGGGUGGCCAAUCACUUUCCGCCAUUUGGGUAAGGCCGGUUAUGAGUUAACCGUUUACGCCUCCAAUCAGGCCGCCAGGAAGAAAUGGCUGGAGUUCAUUGACAAUGCCCAGCAGCGCCUCCGCGCUCGCGCCGACUUUUUCAACACAACACCCAUGUCAACGAAUUUCUUCUCUGGUACAAACCACGUCAAUUGCUCCACUCCAUAUGACGGCGGUCGAAAAUUGUUGUAUGGUACAGACAGUGGAAUAUAUGUGUCUGAGCGUAAGAACAAGGAACAGGCUCCCAGAAGGGUGAUAGAGAUUGCCUCUGUCACGCAGAUCGACGUCUUGGAAGAAUACCAGCUGCUCCUGGUCAUCUCCAACAAAUCUCUGUUCUCCUUCUCAACCACGGCUCUCAACCCCGAUGAGCCAGCGAUGUCGAAACGACCCAAGAAGAUCCAGAGCCACUGUAGUUUCUUCAAGACUGGCAUCUGCCUUGGACGUCAUCUCGUCUGCACUGUCAAACCUUCUACUUUGAAUUCUACACUGAAGGUCUAUGAGCCUACUGAUGCCAUGGCCAAGGUAAAGAAACAAAAGGGCUUUGGUAAGUUCAUCGCUGGUGGACAAGACGAGUUGAAGUCGUUCAAGGAAUUCUACCUGCCUAGUGAGGCAACCUCAGUGCACUUCCUCAAGUCGAAGCUUUGCGUUGCCUGUGCCAGGGGCUUCGAAGUUGUGUCUCUUGAGACUCUGGAGACCCAGUCUCUGCUUGACCAGGCUGAUACCUCUCUCGACUUUGUUGCUCGCAAGGAGAGUGUCAAGCCAAUUCAUAUUGAACGGCUCAACGGCGAGUUCCUGCUCAACUACUCUGAGUUCUCCUUCUUCGUCAAUCGCAAUGGCUGGAGGGCUCGGCCAGAGUGGCGUAUUGAUUGGGAGGGAACCCCUGUCAACUUUGCAAUCAGCUAUCCUUGGAUCAUUGCUUUUGAGCCCAACUUUAUUGAGCUGCGGAACAUGGAGAACGGUGCCGUGCACAUAGUGCGUCACAAGAAUAUCCGUAUGCUCCAUAGCAGCACUCACGAGAUAUUGGUUGCGUGGGAAGACGAACGAGGCGAAGACAUGGUCCAGGCGUUGGACUUCUGGAAGACCAACCGCCGAUCCGACACGUUGGGGGUGCCAGCAGCUUGA